AUGUCACUCGCAACCGACGUUAAUCAACGAGCCUUAAUACAACGACGUGCGACGAUAAAAUCGCAAUGCACGAGGGUUCAGACGUUCUUAGACGGUGACGACUGUCGAAGCACAUCCGUGAUUGAGUUGCGUACUCGAUUACAGAAAUUCAAUAGCACAUGGGACGAGUUCAACGAAGUACAAGCCAAAAUCGAGGCUGCCGAAGAUGCAGAACAGGUUAGUGAGAAUCAAUUGGAGGAAAGGACAGCCUUCGAAAAUAGGUAUUUCACAAUAUCAGCUGCCUUAGAAUCGUUAAUAGAGGAGAAAGAAAGGCUAGUGGCAACUCGCUCACCGCAUACGCAGGAUCGCCAGGUAAGAGAAGCGACCCCAUUUACCAUUGGAGGAUCCUCGGUAAGCGAUCACCUAAAAUUACCUCGCGUGGAUUUACCAACAUUCUCUGGAGAAUAUGAGGAAUGGCAUUUAUUUAGUAAUAUGUUUAUUAGCAUGAUAGAGCAGAAUGCCGUGUUGCCUGACGUGCAGAAAAUGCAGUAUUUGAUGUCGUCACUUAAAGGAGAAGCGCACGAUGUAGUGAGUUCUUUAGAGGCAUCGGCGGAGAAUUACAGAGAAGCAUGGACAAUGUUGAUGGAGAGAUACGACGAUCCAGGAUUGAUUAUCGGGAGACAUGUGAAAGCACUGUUUGAGUUACCUGCCAUGAUCAAGGAUAAUCACGUAAUUUUACGAAAAUUAUUAGACACUGUACUAAAGCAUAUCCGCGCUCUCAAAGCUCUCAAAAGACCUACAAAUAAUUGGGACGACUUAAUGAUACAUUUGGUGACCAGCAGAUUGGAUCAAUCGACAUAUCGGGAAUGGGAAACUACGGUAGUACGAGAGAAUCAUGCUAUAUACAAGUGCAAGGAGUUUUUGGCACUAAACAUAGAUCAAAGAGUGAAGGAAGCAAGGACACGUAAAUUAUGUUUAAAUUGCUUGAAAUGCGCGUCACAUCAAGCCAAGGAGUGUCUAGCAGGAACAUGUCGUAAGUGCAGUAAGCGUCAUAAUACACUACUGCAUUUUGAGCAAGCUUCAAAAAAUAAUUCGGAUUCUGAGCCUAAAACGGAGAAAUCUGAGAAUAAAGAGAGCACGAGUCCCGCAACGGUAAAUCACGCAGCCAUAAAUCAAGGACAAGUUUUAUUGGCAACUGCACUGGUAAAUGUGCCAAAUACCAAAGGAGAAACGAAAUCAAUUCGUGCACUUCUUGACAGCGGAUCUCAAUCUUGCUUCAUCACGGAAGAUUGUUGCACGGAACUUGGAGUCAAACGUCAAUCCACUAACAUGCCGAUUUGUGAAUUGGGAGGACAAGCCGUAUCAACCAGAAGUCUAGUGAAGAUUAUCAUACAAUCCAGAACCACGGGUUAUAGGAAGCAGUUAGAUUGUCUGGUGGUGGACACGAUUACGCAGCGACUUCCUAUCAAUGAAAUAAGCAAGAGUGACAUAAGAAUACCACGCGGAAUUACAUUAGCUGAUCCACAAUUCAACCAAACCUCGAAGAUAGAUUUGCUGAUAGGAGCGGAGAUAUUUUUCGAUUUAUUAUGUAUCGGCAGAAUAAAGGUAACUGAAAAUCAGCCAACUUGGCAAAAAACAGUUCUUGGUUGGAUUGCCUCAGGAAACUGCAUAACAGGAGAUCAAUACAUGAAGUCUACAGUAUGCAACAUGAGUAUGAACGAUCAAUUGAACGCAAGUCUUAUGAAAUUUUGGCAACUUGAAAGCUGUGAAAGGAUAGCAACGCGAACCCCGGAGGAGCGUGCAUUCGAGAAUCACUUCAUGCAAACCCACAAGAGAGACAGUGAAGGCAGAUUUGUGGUAACAUUGCCGAUCAAGAUGGAUGUAUUGAAGAAUUUGGGUGAAUCCAAAGAGAUUGCGGUGCAACAACUGUACAGCUUGGAGAGGAGACUCAAACGACAACCACAAUUCACAAGGGAAUAUGUAGAAUUCAUGCGGGAGUACCAGAGGUUGGGACAUAUGCGAGAGCUUCAAGAACCCGUAAGUGAUGAAUGGCCAUGCGUAUACCUACCACAUCAUUAUGUUAUUAAAGGAAGCAGUACUACCACGAGACUGAGAGUUGUUUUCAACGCGUCGAGUCCAACUACAAGCGGGGUUUCAUUGAACCAGACUCUCAUGGUAGGACCUGUCGUGCAACCUGACGUCACUGUAAUUUUGAUACGUUUUCGAAUUCCUGCAUGUGCAUUGACGGGUGACAUAGAAAAGAUGUAUCGUCAAAUACGGCUUGACCCAACUCAAACGUCAUUGCAUAGAGUAGUGUGGAGGGAAGAUCCAUCGCAUAAUAUCAAGAUUGGCGAGUUACUUACUUUAACUUAUGGGACAGCCUCAGCAUCAGCCAUAGCUACCGAAUCCUUGGAGCAGUUGGCAAAAUCCAAAAUGGAUAAAUAUCCUAAGGGAGCUAUAGCAGUACUCAAAGGCUUUUACAUGGACGAUUUUGUUUACGGAGAAGACGACGAAGAAGAAGUAUUGAAGAUUCAUAGGCAAGUAACGGCCUUACUUGCUGAAGGAGGUUUCAGAAUUUGCAAAUGGGCAUCCAACAGCAGCGGCGUUCUAAAAGAGAUAUCACAAUCGUCAUCAAAGGAUUACUUACUAGAGUUAGAUAAGGAUGGAGCUGCUAAAACAUUAGGUGUCGUCUGGAAUCCAAGCAAGGAUGUUUUUCUAUACAGAAUAUCAAUUAAAGCGUCUGCUACACAAUCACACACGAAGAGAUCCAUCCUAUCGCAAAUCGCACAAAUAUUCGACCCAUUAGGAUUGUUGGGUCCAGUUAUAAUUACUGCAAAGAUAUUGAUGCAGCGUCUUUGGAAGAUGAAAAUCGACUGGAACGAAACGUUACCCAGGCAGAUUCGUACGGAGUGGUCUACCUACAUCCACGAGCUACAGGACCUAGAGAAAAUCAGCAUACCACGGAAGAUCGUUCAGAGUGGACAAGGCGUUCGUAAAGAAAUCCACGGAUUCUGUGACGCAAGUGAACACGCUUAUGGUGCUUGUGUAUACAUGCGCAGCAUCGGAACGGACGGAGUAGCGGAAGUACAUUUAAUAUGUGCCAAAUCUAGAGUUGCACCCCUUAAAGUACUGUCCACACCAAGACUGGAACUUCAAGGUGCCGAGUUAUUAUCUGAGCUUAUGGAAAAGGUUGCAAACGCCCUGAAAGGGAAAAUCGAGGAGAAAUUUUACUGGACAGACGCAAAAAUAGUGCUGUAUUGGAUUCAGGCCAGCAACAAGAAGCUACCAGUCUUCGUGGCUCACAGAGUAGGCAGUAUUCAAGAAAGAACAGCUGUUGAUAAUUGGAGACAUGUCGGAAGUAAAGAGAACCCGGCAGAUUUGAUUUCACGUGGCAUCAGCGCCAAGGAAUUAAUGCAUUCGCAACUCUGGUGGGAAGGACCGCAAUGGUUACGGUGUAAUGACCUGCCGGAAAGCCAGCAAAAAGUGACGGAAUACGAUGAAAGUCAGCUUGCGAAAAACGACAGAGCAAGAGUAGUUACAGUAGCUAGCUGUCAGGAAACCAGUCCAUUCUACAAAUUUUCUACGUUCACUAAGCUUAUACGGAUAGCAGCCACAUGUUUACGAUUUGUUCAUAAUUGCAAACGGCAAAAACAUUACGGACCAUUGACAGUCGACGAGUUGGAAGAAGCAACUAAAUGUCUAAUACGCAGAGAGCAGGCAAUAACGUUUUCCAAGGACAUACAAGAUUUAACGAGGCAAGGAACUGUAUCCAAUCAAAGCAGCCUAAAGCAUUUGACGCCUUUUAUCGACGAAGAAAACUUAAUUCGAGUAGGUGGCAGACUACAACACGCGAACUUACGGUCGGACGUCAAGCAUCCUUGGUUAUUGCCCCAGCGUUCAAAAAUCACGGAGCUCAUCAUCGAGCACGAACAUCGAAAACACAUGCAUGCUGGUCCGGAAGCCACUUUAGCUGCGAUGCGACUCAGGUAUUGUUCCCCCAAGGCGCGCGGUACCAUCAGAAGAGUUCUUCGGAGAUGUAUAAGAUGCUUUAAGGCUAAGCCGAAAUUUUCGGAACAAUUGAUGGGAGAUCUACCUACUCAUCGUGUAAUACAGUCAAGACCAUUCAGUCAUACUGGUGUAGAUUUUUGCGGACCAAUAUAUGUUCGUGAGGGUUCGCGAAAAAAUGCCAAAAGCGUCAAGGCGUAUGUGGCCGUAUUUGUGUGUAUGGCUACAAAAGCUGUUCACUUGGAGGUGGUGUCAAGCAUGACCACCGACGCCUUCUUAAGCGCCUUCAAAAGAUUCAUUGCGAGAAGAGGCAAACCUUCAGAUGUAUUCUCUGAUAACGGCACCAAUUUCGUUGGAGCAAACCGCGAAUUGGAAGAACUUAGAGACAUAUUCACCAAAGAAGAGCACCAGCAUAAGAUCACAGAAGUCGCUGCUUCAGACCAAAUUAAGUGGCACUUUAUUCCACCUCGGGCUCCUCAUUUCGGCGGACUGUGGGAGGCAACUGUAAAGGCAUUCAAGAGACAUUUCUACAAAGUAGCAGCCGAUACGAAAUUGACAUUCGAGGAAGCAUCUACUCUCGUGAUACAGAUAGAAGCAAUUUUUAAUUCGAGACCUCUGAUAACUGUAUCGUCUGACCCUAAUGAUCUUAGUUAUGUUUCAGCGGGGCAUUUUCUCAUAGGCGACACAAUAACGUCUUAUCCAGAGCCUGAUGUAACUCAAUUAAAAGUUAACCGCCUAUCACGUUGGCAGCAUCUGGAGCAAAUGAGGCAGCAUUUCUGGAGACGAUGGUCCAAUGAGUACUUACUCCAGCUUCAAAAUCGAACAAAGUGGUGUUCGAAUCGUGGCCCAGCGCUCAAGGUUGGUCAACUGGUCAUUUGUCGAGAGGAUGGUUUACCGCCAUUGAAGUGGGUUCUUGGGCGAGUCCAAGAAACAUGCCCAGGGGCUGAUGGAGUGGUGCGCACGGCUGUUAUUAAGACAUCAACAAAAUCUUUCAAACGCCCAGCAGCUAAAUUGGCAAUACUGCCAUUAGAAGAAGAUUUGGACAACACGACAGACUGA